UAUGUAUGUGAGAGCGACGAGGGCAUACAGCACUCAUUUCCUGCCUGUGUAGGGUCACCCGACACGGUCACGUGGGUGGAUGCCUUCUCGCACAUCAGUUUGGUUGCUUUGCCUGUGAUGGGAUUGGUGUCCGAUAUCACACAAUAUCCGGAGGGGAUUUGCCUUUACCCUGGAAUGGGUGGAGUGUAGCCUCCCACAGAGUGCCUGCUCCACUGCGUGUUCCUUUCAUAAUGGGGCUAUGCCAAGGCUCCACAAGUCCUUAAGUAAAGCAAACUCACGUCCAGGUCGCUGGACUACUGCCCAGUUGGCACCGCCAUUGUCUACGUCGGGGUGUAUUCCACCAGGUCAUCGCAGAUUCACCGGCGUCCGACGGAAUUUCCAUGACCGAACCCGCCACCGAUGUUCAUCCGUACAUUCCCCAGUUCUUCUGGAAGUUCUGGUUAUCGGAUGCUGAUCCGGAUUCGUCUAGGCGCACCCUCGAUGACCAUCGCGUGCAUAUCUACGACGUCUUUAACAAUACUCUGUCCGAAACGCGUCGUGUUCCGGCACAAACAAUCACCGUGUUUCAGGACUUCCUUUCUGACAUAUUAGACGAAGGCUGUCAGUCUGCCGUACGUGCAGCAGAGCAAGCGUUUAUGCGGCUAGAGAACGAGGUUGAAAGAAUCCUCGCAGACCUCAUAUUGAGAGUUCGUUCAUUGCAAAAUGGCACUCGGUCACUCGAAAGAAAAGAAAUACCAAUCUCAAACCGUUCUCGCGAUCGGCUCCUUCGGUAUUUUGUCUUCCUACGCUAUCGCAACAGUAAAUCAUACGAGUCGACAAUCGAUAGCUUGACUCAACGCGUCAUGGCUGAAAAUGGUGCCACUGUGAAUGCCUGUCACGCUUGGCAUCGGGUCCGUAGGCGUGCCCUCCUCAGCAGUUAUCACUCCUUUCUACACCAUGAAUUACUUGACACACGCAGGCUUUCUCGCUUCCAAGGCUUGAAUUGUUGGAACUUUUGUCGGGCAGACAUCUGUGUCGGGGUCGCUGCAGAGGGAUGUCAAUAUGUGUUGCCCGAGACUUGCUUUGCAACCCUCGACGAAGAUUUCAGUAGGGACAUGUCAUCCUGCCACCUGCUGUUUCCAGUCAUGCCUACCAUUUGUUUAUAUAUCUUGGGCACACAGGAUGCGGAAGAUGCGCCUAUUCCGUCUAUCCCCAAUGGUAGCGACGGAGAGGCAAGGUGUAUCGAUGUCGACCUCGAAUCUGCCUCCGAUGUCCACCUGCGUAAUGCUUCACUCCUCCAAACCCAUCCAUCCAUCCUGUACUUCUCUUCACUUACCUCCGUUGUGCAAGCCAUAUCCAGCUACGACGUGUUUCGUUGGAUACCAGAGCAUCUUGAUUACUCCCGCCUUAAACAACGCGCGCGGCAGAAAGCGACUCUCGAAACGGUCACUAAGACGUUACUCAUCAAGGGCAGUGUGGUGCUAGUAGACUUGACUGAUGAGGUCACCAAGGUCGGCCAGCAUCCCGUGUUCCACGGUGGUUUUGCAGAUGUAUGGAAAGGUGUGUGGACCAAUUCAGCUGGAGAAUCCAGGGUGGUGGCCCUCAAGUUCCUCCGUCAAUGCUAUGGCGUUGCCCAGGAUGUACGGGAGAAAGUCCUCAGGCGCCUAAAAGCCGAGGUGAUCGCAUGGUAUCGUUUGCAGCACCCCAACAUCGCCCCUCUCUACGGCGUCAUUCAGUCUGCAAACUCAAUGGCAAUGGUGUCCCCUUGGUGCAAAAAUGGCACUAUUAUGCACUAUCUUGAAAGAGAGGACGUGCAACCAGAUAGGCUGGCAUUGUUGUUGCAAGUUGCCUCAGGAGCGAGCUACCUGCACAAUAUGAAGCCUGUCGUUGUGCAUGGUGACCUAAGAGGGACAAACAUUCUCAUCAGUGAUGCUGGUACUGCCGUCAUCACAGACUUUGGACUUUCCACGGUCAUUGAGGAGCUGUCACUUAUGGAGUCCGGUUUGCAAGCUGCGAAGCUAAGAUCGUCUGGGCACCGUGGUUCAACGCGUUGGAUGGCGCCUGAACUGUUUAUUGCACUCGUCGACGAUGAGGUUCCACAAAUCACAACCGAAAGUGACGUCUACUCCUUUGGAUGCGUAUGUCUGGAGGUGGCUACUGGAUACCCGCCAUAUGCUCACCGGUGGAACGACCCCGCUGUGACCGUUGACAUAAUGCGAGGCGUCAAACCAUCCAGGGGUGCACCGACGACAUGCAAGAUCGUGUUCACUGAGAAACAGAAGGAGGAGUUCUGGGAGAUCCUGAACCAGUGUUGGGAUCCUAUCCCCAUGCUCCGACCAAGUAUGGCUUCAGUGAGGGAGGCACUUGCUACCAUGGCUGGCUAUUGUACGUGAUAGCAGUAGGUGGUGAUUUGAUGGAUUACAUGAUUGCUGAAUUGCAGCAGCACAUCUAACUUCGAUAUUACUGGUACAUUUUUAAUGCACAAGUUGGUACUAAGCCAUUGCAUAUACAGUGUACAUUACUAUGUGCCUAUCUGCUAGCAUCUCCAUGGAAAAUCAUCUUUUUG